AGAAGUAAAAAAAAAAAAAAUCUUUCGUCUACUGACUCUUUCAUCCGAGACAAGAAGAAGAGAAGGGGAAGAAAGAGAAGCAUUCCUUUUCUCCAACAGAUCUGCCUCUUCUUUUCGGGAAUUACUCGUUCUUGAAGAUGUUUCGUUUGUUUUAGAACUGGGGUUUGGAGUUGGAUUUUCUUUGAAGCUGGGCAGAGAUGAGAACAGAAACUUGUAGAAAUUCUAAGUCUUCGUGGCCGAAAACAGUGGUGAGAAAAUGGCUAAACAUAAAGAGCAGAGCCGACGAAUUCCAUUCCGAUUACGGGAUAAUAGGAGGGAUGGAAGAGAGGCGGAAGAGCUGCUCAGACAAGGACCGCUACGUUCCCCUAAAGGGGAAUAUAUUGUCAGGAGCCGUGGAAAAUCUGAAACGGCCGCGAUUCGAACCGGAUGCGCCGGCUGUCUCUGAGACUCAGAACCUAAGGAUGUUUGUGGGGACUUGGAAUGUUGGAGGGAAAGCGCCGCACGGGGGCUUGAAUUUGAAGGAUUGGCUCAGCACUCCCACUCCAGCUGACAUUUACGUCCUCGGGUUUCAGGAAAUCGUCCCUUUGAAUGCAGGGAACGUCCUGGGAGCAGAGGACAACGGUCCUGCCGCGAAAUGGCUUUCCCUGAUACGCAAAGCCUUGAAUAGCAGCAGCAGAAGAGACCUCGAUUUUGGCCAGAAUUACAACAGAGCCACCACCCCACCUGAAGAACCGAACCAGAAGCCGAGGGUUAGCUUUUCUGAUCUUCUCUCUUUAGAAGACGAGAUUGAAGAAGAGGGCUUGGAAUUUAGCGAGGAUUUCCCGAGCAUUGCCGAUUUCUUCUCGUCUGGGUUGCCGAGGAGCGGCAGCACGACACGUGGCAGCUAUUGCUUGGCCGCCAGCAAGCAGAUGGUGGGCAUUUUCUUGUGCGUCUGGGUGCGCAAUGACCUCAACCGGCACAUUAGCAAUUUGAAGGUGUCGUGCGUCGGGAGAGGCAUCAUGGGCUAUUUGGGAAAUAAGGGCUCAAUUUCCAUUAGCAUGACACUGCACCAGACGACAUUCUGCUUUGUCUGCACCCAUCUGACCUCGGGCGAGAAGGAAGGAGAUGAGCUCCGGAGAAAUUCUGAUGUCAUGGAAAUCCUAAAGAAGACGAGGUUUCUGCAAUCUCAUAGAUUGUCCAGCCCAGCAUUUUCCCCUGACAGCAUCUUAGAACACGACAAGAUUAUCUGGCUUGGGGACCUAAAUUAUCGCCUUGCUUCGGGAUAUGGUGACACACAAGAGCUGUUGCAGAAGAACAAUUGGCAAGCUCUGUUAGAUAAAGACCAGCUACGGAUUGAGCAGAAGGCAGGCCGAGUAUUUAAAGGAUGGGAAGAGGGGAGGAUAUAUUUCGCUCCUACAUACAAAUACCUUGAGAAUUCAGAUCGGUAUGCCAUGCAAACCACUAAAUCCAGGGAUAAGCGACGAACGCCUGCCUGGUGCGACCGCAUCUUGUGGCGGGGGGAAGGGAUGAAGCAGAUGUGGUACACAAGGGGCGAGUCAAGGUUCUCAGAUCACCGUCCGGUCCACUCGCUCUUCACCGUACACGUGGACGUGGCCAGCAAAAGCAAGGUCAGGAGAUCCGGUAUCCCCACGACAGCAACAAACUCCUCAUCGUGCGCCAGAGUACAGGCCGAGGAGAGGCUGCUCAUGUUCACAAGGACAGAAAGCUGCCUUCAACCAACCUCAUCUAGGUGGUUCUGAUGAUGCUUUCUCCUCGUUCGUGUGGACUUCGGAAGUGGACUCUCCUCACACGUGCAUGAUACUGGAGCGGUUCAUCAGGAUAACCUGACUGUUUGGAGUCAAAGGCUCGAAAAUCGUGCUGAUCUGAUUCGUGGUGGGGGCCACACGUUCAAGAAUGAUUUGGAGCAUCCAUGAGGAAAAGGACAGAGCAGUGAAGAAGGGAGGGAAAUGAAAGUUUCUUCCGCCUGCUCGCCGUUUCCUAACGGUAAAGGGUGGGAGUGGGCUCGGCGUGCGAGGAGGGGGACCAAUGCGCUCACGCGUGCAUGAUAGCACGCCACCUGUCCGUCACGUGCUCUUUAAAAGGGUGGAGGGCAAAAGUGUAAAUUUAUGGGCUUUGUUUUUUCAGGAAGGCCUCCAUCUCCUCCUAUGAUGAUGAGGGAGCAAGACGACAGUCCUGAGCAGAAAGAGAGAGAGAAAUGCCUGCAUCUUCUUUUGUUGCAUACGUCAUAUGCGCGGUUUUAUCGAUGCGCUUCUUUGGUUAGUGUGCGACUGAGCCUUGCUGUUAGAGAUAAGAAAUACAUAGAAAUAGAAAGAGAGAAAGAGAGAGAUAGAGCGAAGGAAUGUUGGCUGUUUUUCUUCAGGCAUUUUCAGGAGGGGGUUUCAGCUUUUAUCAGAGGCGUGUUGGAGAGAGGGAUAGAUGGACAAAAGCUUGUUGUAGAAAUGAUUUGGAUGGUGGCUGUUUGGUUGUGUCUAGCUGACAAUAACCUUCCCAUGCCUUUUUUUUUUUUUUCUCCUUCAUUAUUUUUUUUUUGGUUGUUUUUUCUUUUUCAAUAUUAAAAUUCUUGUUAUAUAGUCUUUUUUCUCCCA